AUGUCGAAGACUCUGGUGCAGCCGAUUGGGCAGAAAAGAUUGACAAACGUGGCAGUUGUUCGCCUCAAGAAACACGGAAUCCGCUUCGAAAUUGCUUGCUACAAGAAUAAAGUCCUCUCGUGGCGGUCCGGCGUAGAGAAAGACUUGGAUGAAGUGUUGCAGUCACACACUGUUUAUUCAAACGUUUCGAAAGGCGUUCUUGCUAAGUCAAAAGAUUUAUCAACGGCAUUUGGGACAGAUGAUCAAGAGAAAAUAUGUUUGGAGAUUUUGGAUAAAGGAGAGCUACAAGUUGCAGGGAAGGAAAGGGAGUCACAGUUAUCGAGUCAGUUUAGGGAUAUUGCUACGAUGGUAAUGCAGAAGACCAUCAACCCUGAAACACAACGUCCUUAUACCAUAAGCAUGAUUGAGCGGCUUAUGCAUGAAAUUCAUUUUGCAGUUGAUCCACAUAGCAGUUCAAAGAAACAGGCAUUAGAAGUCAUUCGCGAGCUCCAAAAGCACUUCCCCAUCAAACGUUCCCCUAUGAGGCUACGACUUACUGUACCCAAACAGAACACCUCAUCACUCUUUGAAAAGAUUAAUGAUUGGAGUGCUAGCAUUGUUUCAAGAGAUGAAAUUGGAAGUCAGUUUUCUCUUAUUUGUGAACUGGACCCAAGUUCUUUCCGGAAUUGUGAUGCUUUGGUGAGGAAUCUGCAAGGGAGAUUGGAAAUUCUCGCAGUGAAUGUCCAAGUAGAUAGUGACACCCAGGUGGAUCAUUACGAUGAUCAUGAAGAUGAACCAUCCACUGUUCACAAGGAUCCUGCAGUUCCUGUUAUGCAACUGAGCGAGAAACUGCAGCAGCAGGGAAUUUCUGUUAAAAAUGGGAAUUCUCAGGGAGAGGCCAAGCUGAACAAAUGCAGCACAUGCAAUGCUUUGAUAGGCAAUGCAAAAGAUUACAGAGAGCACUUCAAGAGCGAUUGGCAUAAACAUAAUUUAAGGAGAAAAACAAGGCAACUCCCUCCGCUUACUGCAGAAGAAUGCAUGGCUGAUAUGGAACUGGGUGACUCAAAGGCCGAUUUAGAGGAAUACUCAUUUUGA